GUGGCAGCUCGGUACAUGGAUGUCAAGGGGAAAAAAGGGCCAGUGGGAAUGCCCAAAGAGGCAACCUGUGACCGCUUCAUGUGCAUCCAGCAAGGCUCAGAGUGUGACAUCUGGGAUGGACAACCUGUCUGCAAGUGCAAGGACAGGUGUGAGAAGGAGCCGAGCUUCACCUGUGCCUCUGAUGGGCUCACCUACUACAACAAGUGCUACAUGGAUGCAGAAGCUUGCAUCAAAGGCAUUACACUGAAUGUAGUCACCUGUAGGUACCAUCUUACCUGGCCGAACACCAGCCCCAUUCCACCAGAAACAACAGCUCGCCCUACUACUGCCUACUCCGAGACCACGGUCGUGGAUAUCUUGUCACCUGUCCUAGUGAACAACCCUGUCCAUCAGUCAGUCUACGUGGGAGAGACCGUCAGCUUCCUCUGUGAUGUUACAGGGAGACCCAAGCCAGAAAUCACGUGGGAGAAGCAGGUCGAUGGGAAAGACAAAGUCAUUAUGAAGCCAAAUCACGUCAGAGGGAAUGUCGUGGUCACCAACAUUGCCCAGCUGGUCAUCUACAACACCCAGCUCCAAGAUGCUGGCAUCUACACCUGCACUGCCAAGAACAGCGGUGGCCUCCUCAGGGCUGAUUUCCCUUUGUCAGUCAUCAAAGGAGAACCCACAUCCAAAGAAACUGCCCAAAACAAAACACAUUUUCCAACUGAUGAGUGCCUGAAGCAACCAGACAGCGAAGACUGUGGGGAAGAGCAGACCAGGUGGUACUAUGAUGCAAAGAAAAACAACUGCUUUACUUUCAUCUAUGGGAACUGUAACAGCAACCUGAACCACUUUGAGAGCUACGAGAACUGCAUGUUGACGUGCAUGAACGGCCCAAUCAACAUCUGCAACCUGCCAGCCCUCCAAGGUCACUGCAAAGCCUAUGAGCCCAGGUGGGCCUACAACAGCUUGACAAAGCAGUGCCAGUCCUUCAUCUAUGGUGGGUGCGGAGGCAACGAGAACAACUUUGAGAGCCGGGAGGCCUGUGAAGAGAUGUGCCCUUUCCCAAAGAACACGCACUGCAAAGCCUGCAAGCCCCGCCAGAAGCUGGUGACAAGCUUCUGCAAAAGUGACUUUGUCAUCCUGGGCCGUAUAACAGAGCUGACCGAAGACCAAGACUCGGGACACGCCCUGGUGACAGUGGAGGAGAUUCUCAAAGAUGAAAAAAUGGGAUUAAAGUUCCUGGGGAGGGAACCGCUAGAAAUCACGCUUUUGAACAUGGACUGGAGCUGCCCGUGUCCCAACAUGACCACGGUGGAUGGCCAGCUCAUCAUCAUGGGGGAUGUCCACAACGGCAUGGCUGUCCUUCAGCCAGACAGCUUUGUGGGCACCUCCAGCAUCCGGCGCGUGCGGAAACUCCGCGAAGUCAUCCACAAGAAGACCUGUGAGCUUCUGAAGGAGUUCCUGGGGUUGCACUAACCUCCUGCAGCCGUGCCAGCCUCCCAGGGCCGCGUGUUCCGUAGGGCUAACGAGCGCUAGGCUAAACUAAACCCUCUGCCUGAGGAUGCACUGUAGGAAUGAUGCAGAGCCCUUCUUUUAAUCCAUUAAUGAUGCUUAGCAACAUUGUAGCAUGGUCUUUGGCAAGCACCUAAAACAGCACCAAAAGGCUAUUAAUCUUUGCAUUGAAAUCAAUUUGUCCAUAUAGGAGUGCCAUUUAACUAGAUGACUCACUGCAGUAAUUAUGCAAUUUUUAUGUAGCUUCCAUCAUGAAGGAUGGAGUUCAUAGCAUUUGUUUAGCUAAUUGGUACACAGCUAAGUAAUAUAUAAUGUCAACUUAAUCUGUCUCAUUUACAGUAUGGAAAUGCUAUGGUAAAGUCAUUUUAUGUAAGUCACACUCUUGUCUCCUUGUAGCAGCACCAAUAUUUCAAGAGAAAAGCCUGUAAAUUAUUGUCUGUAUUUACAAGUGUGCACCUGUAACCAAUCUAUGCACUAUGAAUUUGCUUCUUUUAAUCAAAAUUUUCCUAGCUGUUUUCUUCAGA